UUCUCCCGGCUUGUAUAAAUAGAAUUCAAAUUACCAGACUGCUCUCAGUUGAAAUUGAGCUCAGAGUCUGGAAACUGCAUCAUGAGAUCGUUUGUUUUUCUUGUUUUUGCUGUGGGUUGCCUGUUGUUUGCCGCCUCAAAUGCGCAGCAGAAUUAUGAUGGGAGAAAUGGCCCGCACGAGUUCGGAACUCCUGGAAAUGGUAUCUACAUAAGGGGUCAGAACGAAGGACCCUACACGGUUCCCGGCGUGGGAGGUACCUUCCAGAAUUCGCCCUCAAGUGGCCAACAUGUCUACACCGAUGACCAGGGCAAUACAUACACCCAUUCCUCAACCGCAAAGGCCAAGAAUGUGGCUUCUUCACCUUUGGGCUUCAGCAUGGGCGGUGUCCUACUUCUGUUUCUGAGUUUAAUUACAGUUUAAUUGGCUGUUGGAAAAUGUAAAUGUCGAGAUUAAUUAAUUAGGCACAUCGUUGUUUAUUCCCUCCCUCGGAAAAUAGCUUUAUCAUUUGCAACAAUGAAAAUAAAUAAUACGUAAUUUCA